CCAGUUACAGGUACAUUGUAAGUUCGGCCGGGGUCGAUUUUCUACUGAGACCACAUUGUUCUUCAAAGAUUGUUUGUUUGUGCCUGUGCCUCAUGCUCGUGCCUGUUUCUGUUCUGUGCCUGUAGCUUCUCGUUACCGACUACCGACUACCGACGAUAGCUUCGACGAUAGCUUCGACGAGAUACGAUUGCAGUAGCACGACUAAAGACGGAAACAACUCGGAUCAACGAGAAGAAUACCAGACAACGCAUAAUUCCUCGCUUUGUUGGUCGCUCUUUAUCUCAGACCCUAUCCACCGGCCCGGCUCCGAACCUUGGUGUAUGCCGAUCCUGGAGUCCUAAUAUAAUAAUAUUAUACGUGUUAAGCUAAGACGUUAUAUUCCCCGUCUCCAAACUCUCCAAAGAAAGAGAACUGCAGCAUAUCGCUCAUUACUUAGGUACCUGUCCUUGAAAAGUUUACAGGUGUCAACAACAUAGGAUAAAUUUGGGGGAGCAACCGAGCGAUUGAACCCCAACCCUUGCUAUCCCAGAAGGAGGGUAAGACGAACUGGUGUACAACCGAAUCUUGAGACAUCCCAUAUACGGUUUCGCAAACGAGCUAUAGCCUUCCCUUGAUACCUCUUCCUUGCCGCCAGCCGUGCUCUAUGACGACGUCACAAUGUUGAGAAGACCCUCAAUCGCAACCCGACGGUAUACGAGCACAAGAUGAACGGUGAUGCGGGCCUUGUUGGAUGUUUAGUCGAAAGACUUACAACUAGGCUUCCGCAUCGUACCGGUACUCCAGGUCAAAACCUCGAACACGACGACGUCGCUGUUAUUACACGCACUACACUCGUAAAGAUCAGCGUCACAUCCAUAACUGCCGUACUCGAAUCACUCAUUUCGCUUCUCGAGGAACUCAGUCGUCCGUUUAAGACGUUCGCAAGCCACCCAUCCCAUAUUCUCCUGUCCGAAAUAUAUAUUCUAUCUCUUGCUGCCGACUGCUGCUCCGCCCGCUGGGAAUCAUCUAGCAAAAAUAGCUCCAAUGCUUCAGCUAACCUAUCUGCCUCCGGGCUCAACGCUCCGGAGCCGUUGGAGGACGCGCUCGUGAUUAGGAUAUUCGAGCUUUUCAAACACCUCCUUAAACCAUUCCCCGACGAAUAUUACUUGCCAGCUAAGACCAUACUCGAUGAGAGAUCUGCGCGAGAAAUCUUUGAUCCUCGAUUUGGAGACUCGUCUACUCGAGCCACCUCGUCAAGCGGUUCAGACGAUUCGCGGGAAAACAAAGUAGUAAGAAGCGACGACGUGCAGGAUAUCGAACCGUAUAUCAAGACCAUCGUGGAGUAUGUUACCGCGUCCAGUUGGACAGCCUCUUUCGAAUAUGUGAGAACCCUCAUUCAGGGUAUUCGGACCACGGGUGCGACUCAGGUGGUACCAACCCAGGCCAUGGCCGAGGAAGAGAAGACUUCGUUAGCGAUACUACGCCUAGUCUCGUAUAUGUGGGUUGACGCCCAAAAGCUUGGACUUGUGAUCCAAGAAUUAUGCUCCAGCUUCCUCCACUUUCGACGAGCUUACCAGAAUACAAUUGCCGUUAUCACGCCGCUCCUAAUUAACGGGUGGAUCGAGCGCUAUCCUAAGGAGUUCGUCACGCUGCACCAUCAACACAGAAAGCUAGAGGGCGGACCUGAUACGUUGUUCGAUAUGACACAGACAAUAGUCGAUAGUGGGAAACGGCGGUCGAUCUUGUUCCCCUUUCAAACUUCUCUGCUGAUGCUGAUUCCUGAUGUGUUCGAAGUGGCAAGCAAUUUACGGGAAGCUAAAACCGGCGGAAUGGCUAAGAAGGUUGGAUAUCUCGAUGGGCUGAGAAAAGCGCUUAGAAAUAAAAACGACGCGGCUGGGUAUUGCCUUGUUAGUCUCCUCCGAGCUGUCCGCCACUUCGACGACGAUGGAGACGCGAUCGUCAGCUAUGCCAUGGAUGUUCAGGAUGAAGUCCGGGACGCAGUCUUUCGCCGGUAUCAUCCCAAUGGUGAAGGAUCUUUGUUUGAUCAAGACUUGACCACGGCAGCCUUCAUUAGUCUUACGCAUUUGAACUUUGAGGGUUCUGUAGAGUCAUUGACACAAUCUUGCCUUCAUCCCACCGCGCCCACUACAUUCAAGGUUGCAAUUAUCCAAGCCUGCUCCUACUUUGCGCGGCAGCCCAAUGCCGAGAAUUAUCAUCGCUUGUUUACUGAAGUCGCCGGAUAUAUACAAAGUCAAUUGAAGGCGACUUCCGCCCUUCGGGAAGAUUCAUAUAUUGGGGACCGUCACUCGCAACGAAAGCCCACCGAAGCCAAUUCCUCCGCGACAAUGUUAUCCUGUAACAUACUGAACUUUCUAGAUGCCUCACCGGCGACCCUAUUUGAAGCCCCGCCAGCAGAUAGCGCGGAAACGGAGCGAUUUUACGAAGGAAUUUUUGAAGCAUUUGUCUCUUGUCUUGUCACAGCAAACGACUCCGUCAGGACUCUUGCCAGUGACUUGGCUAAGAAGCUACUUGCCCCGAACGGCAUUCUCUCCUCAUUGCGCAAAUCGAAACGAAUAGACUCGCACAGUUUUGGGGUCAAGUUCUGGAAGUUGACAUCGCUUGUCCUAAUGGAGAUGUGCGAGAAACUCGAAUUGCAAGGAGACGACACACUAUUCAAGUCUAUUCACGGCUACCUUGAGUCGCGUCUACUCCUGUUGAGUUCUAUAAAGGAGCUGUGUGUAGUAUCCGAAGAUAUUCCAGAACGCAUAGCAACCUCCACGAAACUUGAGACUAUUUUCCUCACAUCUCUCUGCUCGGCAGAUAUAGAAACCAGCCAAUUAGUAACGUCUUGUAUUGGACUUUUCAACGAAGAGUGCCGUAUAUUAGAUUCUGCUGUGGAUGCAGGCAAGACCGCGAGCCUGUUGCUCCGAAAUAGUGAAAUAUUUGGCGAGAUGGCUUCCCCUGAAUUCCGAUUCACAGGAAUGAUGGCUUUUCAAAAGCGAACACGCGCCCUCUUGAGGCGCAUGCAGUAUCCGAGCGCGGGCAUUUUAGAAGCUUGGGAGAAGGCAUUUGUUAAGUGGCUUCACCUCUCGAAAGAUGUGUCUACGACUUCCGCGGAGGGCGUUGACGAGAGGAACUUUUCCGAGUGGAGGAAUCUAUCCGGGUUCCUCGCUUCUCUUGGUGGUAUUUGUACAGCCGAGCAAGCUUAUACUCUUGACGAGCCUGCUGCUAGUGGUCUAAAAUGGAUUGAUCGGCUUUCGUCAGAGAAUCACGAAGAACCACUUCUCAAUAGAUACCUCCGGCUUAGCACUCAGUUACUUGCGUGUACCAACGUGCGGGUCAGAGAAACCACACGCGAGGUGCUAUCCACCGACAUCUCUCCGAACUUAUACCAGCCUUUAUUCAGAGCACUUGAGUCCGAACUUGAGGUGCUCUUCACAGGCGCCCUCGAAACAUCUGGCAAAGGACAAGACGUCGAGAUUAUAUUCGCUGAGCAAGCGGCUUCGUUACUGAAAGCUUUAAUAGAGCGACUGCAGACGCCCUCCGAGCUGGGAGCAGCGUCAGCGAUCAAUUUUGGCUCUAUAGGUUUAAGCUUCGCCAAGUUCCUUGAUGGGGUGGCCGAUAACGCAGCUAGCAUGCGAGUCAAGAUCAAGAUUUGCCAGAUGUGCGAAGCCGUUAAUAGGAAAAAGGAGCAUCUGAAUCUCCGUGAUGAUGUUCGAAAACGAAACCAGCUCCUGGAGUACAUCUUUAGCUGGAUUGCUCGGCCUCGCUCGCCGCCCACGGACGCAGGCUACAUGCAAAUUCACCAAGACAAUGCUCGAAUCCAGAGAGACCUCGAUAAAGCUUGUCUUCGAUCUCUCGCUGAACUUACUUACAGGCUACCCCUUCAGCCGGGAGAUGGGCAAAACGACGCAGGCAUCAGCGAGUUGAAGUCCCAAAUGUUCCGCACCUAUUUCAACCGAUUCCUUUCGUUACUCAACUAUGAGCCAUCGGAGAGUAUUAAGGCGGAUGUUACUGGAGGGAAUCCAGCUCAUCGCGAUGAAACUGGGUCGACGUCCGAACUCGCUAUCAUCAUCCUCUCGAACCUCCUAAGUGCGAAUAUUGACGUGGGCCUCAAGUACUCUCUCGGUAUCGGCUAUAAUGAGAACGUCGAGAUUCGUACCGCAUUUAUCAAAGUCCUUUACAACAUUUUAGUUCAAGGGACAGAAUUCAGCAACUUAUCGGACAAGGCCGUAAAUGAGAAGUACGACGAGUUGUUAGAGCUACUUACCCAUGACAUGAAUCUCGCCGUUGCUAUUAGUACAGUCUGCCCAAGCGGGGAAGUUGAAGAGCUUACCAUUUCGAUGCUCUACAUUUUCGAAUCCCGAGGACGGACUUUCGAACUAAUGGAGGCUUUAAUCAAACAAGAGAUCGAAGAUACUGAUAAUGAAUCGGAGAUACUCCGUCGAAAUUGCGUCGCUACUAAGAUGCUAUCUAUCUACGCAAGAUGGAAAGGGGCGAAUUAUCUCAAAGCCACGCUCCAAAAGGUUGUGGAGAGGUUAAUGCUGACCUCAAAAGAUUUGGAUCUCGAACUAGAUCCCACAAGAAUUUCAUCCCCAGAAGAGCUCCAGAAGAAUGCGCUGCAGCUACGAAUUGUUGCCAAAGUUUUCAUCGACGAUAUUUGCGCAUCUUCGGCAAGUAUACCUUCAUCAUUUAGGAAGAUCUGCAGCAUAAUAUCUUCAGCAGUAAUUCCGAGAUUUCAGGACGCUAAAUACACAGCUGUCGGAGCUUUCAUAUUUCUCAGAUUCUUCUGCCCUGCCAUCGUCGCUCCUGAAGCGGAGAACCUAGUAGCUACACCACCAUCUAAAGAGAUGCGACGUGGCCUACUCCUCAUCGCAAAAGUUAUACAGAAUCUAGCCAAUAACGUUCUGUUUGGGGCAAAAGAGCCUUACAUGUUUCCACUGAAUGAUUUCUUGACACAAAACAUUUAUCGUGUUACUACUUUCCUCAGGGAGAUUUCGGUGCCUCCGCCUGUUCUUGAUACACGACCAGCAGAGGGCGAAACUUUCGAGUUUGGUUCCUGUGUCGCUUUACACAGGUUCUUAUAUGACCACUGGGAUCAUGUCCGGCAAAGACUUAUGUCCCAGGAACGGCGAGAUCACGUUCGAUCUCCCAACGAGCUAGUUCGUGGUCGAUCACCCGUACUCGAACCACUACGAGCUCUCAUAACAAAUCUGGGACCUCCUCCAUUAGCGGUCACUUGGAAUCGACCUCUAAUAACUCUAAAUACACCAAUUUCUUACUCUAGAUUCCAACACUUUAUGCUCCGUAACGCUUUCCGCGGUAUGGACUCCUUUGCAACGUCUCGCGCCAUUUAUGAUGGCGGUGAAAGUAGGGAUGGACUCUCUGUCAUUUGUAUAAUUCUUCGACAUAUCGAUCAAGAUUCAGUAGAUUAUGAUACCCUCUUAUACUGCUUUCUUAAGAUUGCUAGUCGGCUGUGGCAUAAACCAUUCGGGUUAUUGAUCGAUGCGACGUGUUACGAUGGUCAAAAUGACCCCCCAGACGAGCUGUUCAAAAAUCUGGAGCUUCUUAGUCCGAGCGAGUUAUCUGAUCAGUUGUCCAGGAUUUAUAUUUACAAUAUGAACAGCACCUUCCGGAAAUGCUUCCGGCGUAUACUUCGUAUAGCCACGAAGAAUGACACGAGCGUCUUACAUCCGUCCAAUGUAGAUUAUCUACUACUUGGCAGUCGUCAAGACCUACAAGCUCAUUUCCACCUUAGUCAAGUACACCUUCCGAAAGAGACGAUUAGCAUAGCCACGGACUCUCGAUAUACUUUCCAGCCGGUUACUAGGCUCUCAAAGACCAAGGGAAAGAUUGAAGUCACUGUCGGGGUAGGCAGCUCAUUUGUUCAGGUAACCACAGUGAAGAAGCAAGAGGUUCAUCCGACUUUCCGUCUGAACGGGAUCGUGAACGACAUUUUCCACCUAAAAGAUCUAGACGAGGCGCCGACGUCUAUUCCCACCGAAGACGACUCCGCGUUCGGCUUGCGUGCAGACAAUGGCAAGAUUGUCAUGUACUUCCAGAGUAGCAGAAAGGUCGAGGUUUUGAAGGAGAUUCGCAGGGCAAAGGCGAUGUUAAGCAAAGAUACGAGAACGAUAAAACCGUUCGAGCGUCUUAUUCGGCCCCAAGAUGUUCCCGGGACAUUGCUCAACCUUGCGUUAACAAAUCUUGCUUCUCCUGAUUCGACGCUCCGCAUUGCAGCAUACAAUCUACUCGGUGCGCUUUGUCGAGCUUUUAAAUUCAAGGCAGCCUCCAAGUUUAUGUGCACCAAAGAUGUCUCUGUUCCUCUGGAUCCGACUCAGUUCAUUGUGAACAUCAGCAAAGUCCUUGCCCAAGAGGAACCCCAGCUAACAUGCGAUUUCUUAAACGAGUUCUUUGUUGGGUGGGAAAGUUUCUCCGAUGAACAAAAGCCUCUGAGCCUGGCCUACAUGGCGCCUUGGAUACCAAGCUUGCGGACAUCACUGUUACCGGACGAGUCUGAUAGCGAGAAGGCUAAAGAAAAGGUCGCUUCGAUCUUCCGCAAGUUGAUAGAUGUUACGGUUUCGGAGCCCUCACUUACCUUGAUCUUAGAGUACACAGCCUGGCCGGCUAUUUACAAGGAUGAAGUUCUAUUAGACAUCUUCCUUGAUGAGAUAGUCAAGGCAGCGCUCGCUGUGGGCUUAUAUGAUGAGCAGACGCAAGCUUUGACGUCUAUAGUGACAGCUAUUGGCACAAUAACGCUCCGAGGAAAGAUAAUAUCCAGACUUCGGAAGGCCUUGAACAGAUCGUCGCUUAGACCUACAAAAUAUCUCCCGGACAACUCGGUUUGGAAUGAGCUUUGCAUCCUACUCCAGUUUUGCCUCUCCCUUUCCUUUGACUGCGGCGUCCAGUCGCAGCUCUACUUACCCGAGAUAUUCCAUAUAGUUACUAUGCUGUCAAACACGGGUACUCAGGACAUUCGAGCUCUGGUCCACCGACUACUCAUUAAUUCGAUCCAUGCGGCUUGCACCUCGUUCCAACUAGAAGAUACGAAAUUAUCGAAACUUCGCAGUACCCUCGAAAUCCUAUCUGAACCGAGAAAUGAUACCCUGUCUGUCCCCUUAGUCUUGACUAGGGAUGGAGCCUCUAUCUCAACAUCUCACGAGGUUGGACCGGCGCUUUCAGUUAUAGAGAAUCUCGCUACUCUGCUAUUCGAGACAUGUUCCGUUGCAGCGCCAUCUGUUGACAUGGCUAAUGCUUGGCGGUCGAGAUGGAUGAGCUUGGUGGCCAGUACCGCCUUUCAAAAUAACCCGGCUAUUCAACCCCGCGCGUUCACCGUAAUGGGAUGUUUGGCUCGCGAAGAGGUUGACGAUGACCUACUCUACCAAGUUCUCGUAGCGCUCCGCAACAGCGUCGGCCGUUUUGGCGAAGACAGCGGUAACGAUAUGCUUAUUGCCAUAGUUACAUCCUUAUCUAAGAUGAUUGCAAAGCUCACCGCAGCCUCUCGAUAUGGGCCGCAACUGUUUUGGCUGGCGAUGUCACUCGUCCGUCUCGUACCUGCCAGCCUAUUUAACUGUGCCGCCUUAUUCCUAGAAGCCGUCUUAGCAAAUAUUGGGACAACAAGUGAGCUAAGGAAUAAUAAAAUGGCACAAUAUCUCUUACAUGGUCGAGGAUCAUUGGAGGAAGCGACAAUACCUCUGGAUGAAGCGUACGGAAUCCACUUCACGCCAAACACUUUUCAUUUCGCCGUCUGUGCCUGUCUUGUGCGGGGCCUUACAGACCCCGUCACUAGGACCACGGCGCUUCGGGUUCUUUCAACGUUUCUCGAGAUGACAACAGGCAGCUCUGAGAAUCCAUCGAAAACCUUUACUACCGAAUUUUACACAUCACCAUAUCUUUCUCUCAUUCAUGCUCGGGCGAUUACCCCUGAAGACUUGAAGGAAUGCCUCUGGUCGGCGGGUAUUAACGCACUAAACGUUGCUAACUUGGGGCCAACCCGUAACCUGCGCGAAUUAGACAGCGUAAAAGACAAGGAUCUAAUACUGAGUACGGCUAUCGAGUUGGUCGAUUUCCAAAUCCUCGAUGAGGCGAUUCAGACUCAUACCCUACAGUGGCUCAACGAGCUAGCAUCCCGAAGACCUACCGUCGUAUUGCACCUAUGUCCCACCAUCGCGUCGUUCCUAGACGAGGUAUUACUCCACGGCCAGAGCUCUUCAACGCUUGGAUCAGCGCAUGCGCUACUUCAAACGCUAUCUUCCAACCCGAAGUUUACGAGCGCAUUAGAAAGCGCUGGCGUAUUGAACGAAAUAUUAGAGGAUAUGGGAUUCGAAGGACUGUACCGCUCGAGCGCAUUUACAAAUACUCAGGAUCCUGAUAAGCAGUGCUCUCUAUUGACCGAGAAGUUGAUUGAGGUGAGUAACAUCCCUAAUUCAUAGACAAAAAAAUACGGAAGAAGAGUGACUAAAUACAUCAACUAGCUUAUUAUCAUCUAAGACAACAUAACCGCCAGGGCGGUUUUUAAGGCAGCAAUAUAAUACCAGCACGGUGAGAGUUGUAAGGAGGCGCUUAUAAUAAGUUGCCCAUAAUAUGAGGAUGUGCGCCCGAAUCAACUGAUGCGCAAAUAUGGAGUGAGAAUUAGGGGUUUGGAAAGAGAAAAAUGUAGCGAGAUGAAGUGAGAAGGGAGCAAAUAUUUUAAAAUGUUAUGCUGCAUAUAGCAAUAUACCAGGUAUCGAACUCUGCAUAUAACAGGGUAAAUACGCCAUGGAUCAUUCCAGCCGUAACUCCUUAAAUUGAUAUAUGAUAUAUA